CGGCGGAGAGUGCAAAUCUUGUUUGGUCUGGGUCUGUGAACUUCAGCGUGACUUCAGCUACACCCUGCAGUCUCAUUCUUAACAACUCUUUCAAAACUUCAUGCGGCAUUAAUUACAAACUGAGUUAAAGUUUGGUUUCUGUUUAAUGACGUGUGGGGAUAUGGUUUAUUUUAUUUUAUUUAUUAGAUAAAAAGUGUAGGUGAUAUAUAAAUCCCAAAUCCCCACGAAAAAAAGAAAAAAAAUCGGUUUUAAUAAUAAAAUCGUUUAUAUUUCUCCCAGUGAUAGGACGAGCCGCUCUAAGCAGCAGUGAUCUAACCUAAGUGGCUCAGGGCUUCCCAGCAUGUCAGGUAUUAACAGAGCGAGUCAGAUUAAAUGUGGGAGGUAGAGCUGCGAGGCUGCCGCUGCGACCUGGAAACUACUGAAUGGGAAUCUAUCCGGCAACUUUAGCAGACCGCUCUCUCACGGCGACACGGGGGCUCCUCUGCGUAAAACCGAGCGGCGCGUCUUCCAGUCUGGCUCAGCCCAGCUCGCUCGCCAGCAGGACGCUCAACUUGGAUCAGGCGCGCAGCUUCUCACUCGGCUCCCACUAACAUGCCUGCCAUCAAAAAGGAGCGGCUGGAUGGAGACGACAUGGCUCUGACCGCCUUCAACCAGUCCGAAUACCUGGCCCCUUUAAAUGCCACCGCCAUCCCAGUGGUGACCCCGCACCCGCCGCCCUACGAGCACAUUUUCGCCCAUCAUCGCGCGUACUUGGGGCUCCACGACUCGGCGCUGCAUCACCAGCACCUCCACCACCACACGGACGACUUGAUGCUGGAGAGGUUCUCCUCCAUCCCGGACUUUCAGCCCUUCUUCGAUAACGGGGAGCCCUGCAUCGAGGUGGAGUGCGGAGAGAACAAGGCUUUGCUUUAUAUCAACAAACUGUGUCAGGGCAGUAAGGGACCCUCGAUCAAAUACAGGGGCGAGUGGCUCACCCCCAACGAGUUCCAGUUUGUUAGUGGACGGGAGACAGCCAAAGACUGGAAGAGGAGCAUCAGACACAAAGGGAAAAGUCUCAAGACUCUUAUGUCCAAAGGAAUCUUACAGGUGCACCCUCCAAUUUGUGACUGCCCUGGCUGCCGGAUUUCAUCUCCAGUGAACCGCGGGCGCUUGGCAGAGAAACGCACCAUUCCUCUUCCACCCAACCGGGUUCCCAAGAAGGAACUGGCCUCCAUUUUUAGCAGUGACGACAGCGAAGGUAGCGAGCGGGCCAGUGGGGAUCAUGCCCACAUCAAGCAGGAGGAAGAUCUGCAUUACAGUAUCAUGAGAAAAAGUCGGGACGGUGACCUCUCUACAAUUAUCUCUAACCUGCACCACACCAGACAGCACGGUAUGCCCGAAGAGCAGUCAGCCUCUGACCACAGCACCAGUACUCGACACACAGACGACCUUCUAGGCAAAAGGAGAAGCUUCUCCCCAAACAGCAGCAGCGAGUGUCCCUCUGAUAGCAAGAAGUCCCGCAGCGUCUCUCCAAAAGAAAACUCGCAGAGUCCCGUGGUGGAGGCAGGCGGCAGCCACGGCCACAUGAGCCCCGUGGAGCAUUACAGGCGCAUGAUGUCAGCACUCAGCGAGCAGGGGUCCUUUGAGGAGCAGCAGCAACGCCUCUACCAGCUGGCCAGCAGUAUGGGUCUUCCCGGCCACGACAUACUGCGGGCUCGUCAGGAGGCGCUGGCUGCAGCAGUCAGGAAUCCCGCAGCCUUAGAGGCCCACCUGCCCACAGCAGGCAGCUCUUCAUCAUCCAGCCAGAGACGCAAGCAAGGUCUGCCACAGCACCGGGAUGCGCAUUACACCGACAGAGAGCUGUCCCAUCCUCCACCCCUCCUGUCUCCAACUGCUCCUCACGUCACCUUAGGGCCUCACCUACGGCCUCCCUUCCUGGGCAUGCCCUCCGCCCUUUGCCAGGCUCCUGGUUACGGCUUCCUGCAGCCUGCCCAGGCAGAGAUCUUGGCUCGGCAGCAUGAGCUAUUAAGGAAGCAGAAUCUGGCCAGGCUUGAGAUGUCGGCAGAGCUGCUUAGACAGAAAGAGUUGGAAAACCUCCACCAACAGCAGCAGCAGCAGCAGCGACUUCUUGGCUCAGACCCUCUAGGAGCCCUCCCUCCCGGCCUGCCCCCUGACCAUCCAGCCCUGCGCAGUCUCCACGACAUCCCAGAGGGACACCCCCUACGAGAGGAGCUGAUCCGCCGCUCAAAUGCGAUGCUGGUGCUACGCCACGGCACCGCCACUCCCCUCCUAGCUCUCAACCAGCAGCAACAACAACAACAACCAAGGGCGACCUCCACACCCAAAGACACACAGGUUCACAGCUCUGCUGUCGGGCCGGAUGGCGAAUCCAGAAAGGCCAGCCGCAGGGAACCCGAGACAGAGCUUCGUCCUGGAGAUCACAGAGGAGGAAGAGACGACAGGGGAAGGGAGGGAGACAUGGAGGUACACGAUGAGGAGAUGAAAGACUCAGACAGUGAGACGGAGAUAAGCGAAGAGAGGCGAGAGAGCUUCGUUUCCAGGCCCAGCAGUAAACCCGGCAACAGAGAGAGGAACAGGGGGAAGGAGCCUGGCAGCAAGGCAGGGUGUGAGAGUGCCAAAGAGACCGGCGCAAGCUCAGGGAGGCUGAGCGCCUCCGGCUCAGCAGAUACAGAGUCACCUAGUCGCAACCUCUUCACCCCUGGACAUGGCAAGGCCGAUCUCAAAUAUCACCUGCCACCAGGGUUCAUACCACCUUUGCCUGCUCUUCACGCUCAGUCGCUGCCCUUUGGAUUUCCCUACGCCAGCCCUUACUUCCCUGCGGGCUCUUUGGGGGGUCUUUUCAUGGAUGGGGAGGACUCGACAGCGUCAAACCCUGUGGAAGACGUCAGCAAGUGGAGCGUGGAGGAUGUGUGCGGCUUCAUAAGCAGCCUGGCUGGAUGUGCUGAAUAUGCACAGGUGUUUCGGGAGCACGCCAUUGAUGGGGAGACACUGCCGCUGCUCACUGAGGAGCACCUGCUCAACACCCUGGGACUAAAGCUGGGGCCUGCGCUCAAGAUCCGCUCACAGGUGGCGCGGCGUGUUGGCAGGCUCUUUUAUAUGACAGGAUUUCCUCUGGCAUUCCCGUUUCCACCUUCUGCCGUGCUGCGCCCUCCGGACCGGGAUCGAGACCCCCUGACCGCAGCAUCUGACGCCCCUCUGCCCCUCUCUCUGUCAAUGCCGCACCGCCCAACCUCGACCAGCAGCAGCUCCUCUCCGUACAGCGGUCCAACCGCAGGAUGCUCGUCUCCCAAACAGGAAAACGGCACAGGCUCUGCAGUGGUGGGAAGAUACGAAGCUAAAACCCCCUCGUAGGAGCGGUCCUGGCGGUGAGGGAACCAGAUGCGCCUAAAUCUGAGACAUUUAAAUUUUAAAAUGAUGGGGAAUCAGGCUGGAGAGCAGAUGACAAAGUCUGCAGUGGCUUUGAGAAGAGCAGAACCCAAAGAAACUGGGCUGGAAGGGAGAAAUGCGAAGUGACAGAGGAAGGGAGGAAAGGGAGACAGCUGGUCACAGGCAGGCUGCCAAGAAAAAGAAGCUGAGUCCUGCAACAAGACGCGACAUUCUUGCAAAUAAGACUCCAGCAGAAACUCUUCUCUCCUUCCUGGGCACGAGGAAUCUCUCCUCAAUCACUUUUCUUUUUCCUCCAGUAGCCAUCUCUGACUCUAGCUUUACCCUGCAGAGGCCAGGAAUUAAAAGCAACAUGACUCCCCUCCUUUCUUUCCUGCCUCCCAGACCAUCUCCCUGAGGAUAAGCAGCAGUCACCCUGUUUUUAUUCAGGCUGGAGUUGAAGCCUGUGCUGAAAACAAAACAAAAAAAGCACCAGAUCUGACCAGCUCCCUCUUGUAUCACUGCAACUAUGCAUUCCACUGUCCUGAUACCAAAGAUGACCGGAUAUGUGGAAGAGGAACUCCCCAUGUGUUGGUUUCUUUUUGCAUUAAUGGUCCCACAGGGAAAUGCUAAAACUUGGGCUUGGUACGGCAGACCCUGAGGCAGAGCUGUAACAGUAACUGCAUCUUAGUAAACACAAAAGUUAUUUUAUCCCAGUAAAAUGCCAUCCAGAAACUAAAAGUCAUAUUGUAACAGAUUAUAUCAGAUUGUAUUGUUACAGCUUGACAAAACUUCAUUUCUUAAUAAACAUGUUAGCUUACAGCUAAUGAACCUCCCACCACCCUCAC